AUGACUUUAGUUCAAGUUCAUUUUUUAUCUUCUUUCUUUUCGUUCCUAAACGCGUUAACACUAUUUCCAAAUUUUCUCAUUUUAAUACACUUAUCUAUCUAUCUAUCUAUCUAUCUAUCUGAGAAUAUCUAUAUGUUCUAUCUUUCUAUAUAUCUAUUUAUUUUCUAUGUGAGAAUAGACGGAUAUCUAUUCUCAUUCCCCUCUCUAUCUAUCUCAGUCUGUUCAUAUCUAUCUAUCUAUCUAUCUAUCUCAGUCUGUUCAUAUCUAUCUAUCUAUCUAUCUAUCUAUCUAUCUAUCUAUCUAUCUAUCUAUCUAUCUAUCUAUCUAUCUCAGUCUGUUCAUAUCUAUCUGUCUAUCUAUAUCUGUUCUCAUUCCCCUUUCCCCACUCUCUCUUUAUCUAUCUAUCUAUCUAUCUAUCUAUCUAUCUAUCUAUCUAUCUAUCUAUCUGAGAAUAUCUAUAUGUUCUAUCUAUCUAUAUAUCUAUCUAUUUAUUUUCUAUAUGAGAAUAGACAGCUAUCUAUUCUCAUUCCCCUGUAUAUCUAUCUAUCUCAGUCAGUUCAUAUCUAUCUGUCUAUCUAUCUGAGAAUAUAUAUUUAUCUAUUCUAUCUUUUUUAUAUCUAUCAAUUUAUUCUCUAUAUGAGAAUAGGUAGAUAUCUAUUCUCACUCCUCCCCCUCUCUCUUUAUCUAUCUAUCUAUCUAUCUAUCUAUCUAUCUAUCUAUCUAUCUAUCUAUCUAUUCUCAUUUCUGUCUCCAAUUCUUUUAUUUAUUGAUCUAUCUGUCUUUCUUACUUUCUUUUUUCUUUCUUACUUUCUUUUUUUCUUUCUUUCUUUCUUUCUUUCUUUCUUUCUUUCGUUCGUUCGUUCGUUCGUUCCCUUUACAUCUUUCGUUUCGUUUUACCCGUUUUUUAUUUUAUUUUUUAAUACCUCACCCAACGAAAAUCAUUCCUCGUUUUUGAAUACAUAUCUUUCGUCCUCCAUUCUCUCUCUCUCUCUCUCUCUCUCUCUCUCUCUCUCUCUCUCUCCUAUUCUUCCUCUAUCUUUUUAUUCUUUUCCUUUCCUUUUCUUUCUGUCUUCUUCAUUACUGUCCCCUUCUGGCGAAAAUAAAUCUCAGCAGGAAUUGUUUGCAAAAGUUAACGCAAAUAUCAUGACAAUAAAAUUAUUAUUGCCCUUGCGGAAGUCGCUUCGAAAGCAGAAAGCCGUACGCAGAACUGCAUAUACGCUGUUGAAAGAAAGAAAGAAAGAAAGAAGAAGAAGAAGAAGAAGAAGACGACGACGACUUUGGAAAAAUGCCACGUUAACAAAAACUCGAAUUGUAUUUUUCUCACCAGCUUCAGCAUUUGUUAUUUAA